GUUGGUCCGGGCCUCGCGCAGCCUUCGCAUCACCAUGACGGCCUUGCCUAGUUCAGUGGCCCGCAGGCCUGCGCCGUAGGCAUUUGGAUCAACUAAGAACAGAACUGAAGCCCUACGAUUUCUCACAGGUUUGACCCGGGCUGCGGCGAACCGGACUCCUCCCACUCCUCCCCGCUCUGAAAGCUGCCGGGGCCUGGGCACAGAGGACGCAGGCCAGGCCUAUGCGGUUGAGGCACGACUGUGCUGUCCCGCCAGCGAGGGAAGGAGAGAAGUUCACCCUCGUCGCUGGCCUGCUGACACCGGGGAGGCUUCAGACCCAAAGUCCCGGGGCAAACAGUGUGCGAGAUGGGACGGACGUCCAAGGAUAAGCGGGAUGUCUACUACCGCCUAGCCAAGGAGAACGGCUGGCGUGCCCGCAGUGCCUUCAAGCUGCUACAACUCAAUGAGGAAUUCCGACUCUUUCAAGGUGUGACACGGGCAGUUGACCUGUGUGCAGCCCCGGGCAGCUGGAGCCAGGUGCUGAGCCAGAAGAUCGGGAGUCCACAGGGGUCCGGCCAUGUGGUGGCUGUGGACCUCCAAGCUAUGGCUCCGCUACCAGGUGUGUUACAGAUCCAGGGGGACAUCACCCAGCUGUCCACUGCCGAGGACAUCAUCCGGCACUUUGAGGGCUGCCCGGCGGACCUGGUGGUGUGCGACGGGGCUCCCGAUGUAACCGGCCUCCAUGAGCUUGAUGAGUAUAUGCAGGCCCAGCUUCUCCUCGCCGCUCUGAACAUCGCUACACACGUCCUGAAGCCAGGGGGCUGCUUUGUAGCCAAGAUCUUCCGAGGCCGGGAUGUGACGCUGAUCUACAGCCAGCUGCAUGUCUUCUUCUCCAGCGUGCUCUGUGCCAAGCCCAGGAGCAGCCGGAAGGCCAGCAGCGAGGCCUUCGCUAUCUGUCAGGGUUAUGACCCCCCUGAGGGCUUCCUGCUGGACCUGACCAAACCCCUGCUGGACCACUCUUACAAUAGAGGUCUCAACCAAUUAGAUGGUCCCACCCACAGCAUUGUGCCGUUUGUGACCUGUGGGGACCUGAGCUCCUAUGAUUCGGACCUCGGUUACCCACUAGACCUGGAGGACGGCUCAGAGCACAAGUACACGCCACCCAUGCAGCCCCCCAUGCAGCCCCUGUGCCAGCAGGCCUGCACAUUGAAGAAGAAGGGGCAGCUGGCCAGGGAGAUCCAUCCCCAGGACUGCGCCAUCAACACAGUGGACACAUUGCCCCAGCCCCUGGCUGCCCCACAGCGCCACACCCUGAUGGCCUCUGAGGUGGAAGACAGUAAAAUGAAUUGUUCACCUUAACACAUCAAGCUGGCAGUCUGUGACAGCUCGGCAGCUGUUUGGUAUCAGGAGAACCAGAACUUGCAUCAGUGCACUUGUGUUUCAAACAAGUUCUCGUCACUGGGUCCUGAACACAAGCUUGGAGUGAGAACUUGCAAUGACCACCAUGAACACAGCCAGGAAAGAAACAUCAUGGGAUGUUCAUUUGAACUGCAGAAGGGGUUUUUGGCUGAGAUUUUCCUAGGGGGAUCCAUGAAUUUGAUGUAGGAAAAUAGUACAUCUUUAUUUUCACUAAUAUAACUGAAAUUUAGCCUUAAUCCCAAAUAUGAAUUCUAGCAGUAAAUCGGUUCAUUUUUAAGGCAGGGUUGUUACGGGCAUCAUGAAACACUGUUCAUGUUUGUCACUAAUUGGGAUUAUGGCAUAUCUGUUAAUUUGAUCUAAUAAAAAAAGGCGGUUAUUACUAAAAAUAAUUUUUUUUUAAAGUGAGAAAGCCAAGUUAACCACACAUGCAAAAGAACAUCAGAAUUUAGCAGUUUUAAAUGUUUUUGGGAGUAAGGCAAGUUAGGAAUGGA